AUGGGAUUCAAAGAGAUCCAAGAUGACGGAAAAGGUCGCCCCUUGAUUUAUUUUGGAAGAAAGGAAGCAGGUUUGCAGUCGGAUAAAGUCAAGGUGAAAACUAUAGCAGUUGACAUAACAAGGCGAGACGGUAAAAACUAUGAAUGGAAGGACUUUAAGGUCGAAGUCAGGGACGGUUCUCUCAACAGCAUGUGCCCUCUGUAUCGCGAUUACGAUCCAGUAAAUUUUCUUAUAGUUCAUUUUAGUCCUGCCGCCCCCUUUGAUGCAAUAAUGAUGUUUCUAAAGGAAGGAGUCAUCCUAAGAUUCAAGAAUUCUGCCCAAGAACGUUACGUAUUCUUUGGCCAUAGUGCGAGUCAGCUCCGAGAGAGAACUUGUGUUCUGUAUAAUGAGAAACAAGACAGCGUUGAAGAAAUUUUAGCCCAUUUCGGUGAAUUUGACAAGAUUCAAGAUGUUGCCAAGAGAGCAGCUAGAAUAGGAUUGCUUUUCUCAACGGCGAAGGUUGCCUGUUGGGUUCCAGAAGAAAAGAUAAGUGUCGUGGCUGAUGUUGAACGAGACAAGUACAACUUCACGGAUGGGUGUGGCUUUAUUUCAACAGAGUGCGCACAGCAGGUUACCCAUAAUUUAAAUAUUGAGAAUGUGUAUGAGGGCAUUAAAAGACAUCAGAUACCGUCUGUGUUCCAGAUUCGCACUAAGGGCUGCAAAGGGGUGUUGUGUCACAAUCCUACUUUGGAAGAAGGGCUGCAAAUCCGUCCUUCAAUGGAGAAGUUCACAUGGAAACGUACGGGACCACAUCCCCUUGGGAUUGUAGACAAGGGAUUUUCAAGGCCAAACGAAUUUGGCUCGUUAAAUAAACAGUAUAUAAUGCUCUUGUCGGCUCUUGGCAUUCCGGAUGAAGUUUUUCUGCAAAAGCAAGAGCAGUACUUCGAGGAACUUAAAGAUAUCACAACAAAACCUGAAGUGGCCUUUAAGUAUUUAUGCGUAAGUGGAGAAUUUGAGCUGGCAGAGCAGUUCUGGAAGACUUGUCAAAUAAAUGAGAAGAUAAAGAAAUCGCUUGAGCAUUUUCGCAAUCGAGUGCGUGAGCCCCAGCAAUCCAAACCGAAUCCUUUGCAUAAAGCUAGAAAGUCUGCUGCUCUAAAGUUGAAGAUUCCCAUUGAACAGUCUAGAAAUGUGUAUGGUGUAUGUGAUCCGUCAGGCACACUGAAACCCAAGACGGUUUUCUUCCAGCCAACAAUUCGAGGCAGCCCCAUCAUUCUUAAUGACAGGAAAGUGGUGGUUGCCAAAAAUCCCUGUUACCAUCCAGGAGACAUCAGAGUUUUGCAUUGUACUGACGUUCCUGAAUGCCACCAUCUGGUGGACUGUAUUGUUUUUCCAACGCAGGGAAGGAGGCCUCAUGCUGAUGAAAUUGCUGGAAGUGAUCUCGACGGUGACAAGUUCUUCGUUUGUUGGGACAACGAUCUCGUUCCGAAGAGGGACAUGAGCCCUUGUCAAUAUCCAGCAGCGAAGCCGUUCAAACGAAGCAGCCCCUCAAGGGAGGACUUCCUAAAAUACUUUGCGAGGUAUAACAACGCCACCGUGGGCAAACUUGAUAAUCUGUUUGAUAGGUGGGCUGAUUCAAAAGGUAUCAAUUCAACAGAAUGCAAGGCGGUUGCGGCUCUUUUUUCGCGUGCCAUCGACGCGGCCAAGACAGGCGAGAGAGUUCUUAUCCCCCUAAGUAUUGGCAACGCACCACACAAGAAUGACAACAUGGAAAAGUUCGUUUGGCAGAAGCUCUACCAACGUGCAAAGUUAUUUGAGAAUGAGCAAAUCAUGGAAAAUACGAUUCUUGGAAAAGUGGAAAAUUUUGAGGAAGAGGACAUGCUAAACGUUAUUGGUAACCAAGAAUCUCGCCUCAGUGAAUACCGACUGUUUAGAUUUUUGUACAAAUGGUGCCAUCAACCCCACGAAGAAAAAGACAUUUCUAAUUACAUCUCGCACAUCGACUUUACCAAGUUCAGCGAGGAGCAGCGCAGAUUGUUGCCAGCAGAUAUCCCGCGUGUUGAACUGAAGUCUCUUCUUCAACCUCUUUAUCAGUCUAGAAUUCUUUCAAGGGAUGACAUUGAGGUCUUUAAGCUUGAACGCGGUUACGAGAGGCGCUGGAAUCUGGUAUACAGAGCAGAGGAUGGCGACAUAUCCUGGAACGUCCUUAACAAUGUCCUCAACUCUCCUUUGGAAAAAUUACUCGUGUUUGACUUUCUACUGGGAGGAAUACAGUGGGUAAUUUCCUUGACUCUGUGUGUGCCGCUAGCAUCUUCUGAAGUACUAACCUUAAGCGACGAAGAUGGAACCUCUCAGGCAUUUGUCUCAGUAAACGUUCACUCAAGAGAAAGACAUGUUUUAGAGCUAAAGGGAGGCUACAGUUUCGCUUUGGAAGGAAAACGACUUGACAUUUACACCGGGAAGAAGCAAAAUACAUUCAUCUGUCUCCGUGAAGAUGAAAAUGACCAUGUGCCUAUCAUGAGUGUUGCCCUUGACCGAUUCAAGUCAAACCUACCAGCAUUAAUACUUUGUGCAGAGGCUUCUCUCUUCAAAGAGGUCUACCUCUAAAAGACGCAGAUAUUGGUGAAACUAGGGCCCGUUUUCUAUGCCUUCAAUAAUAGAGGCGUAAGACGAACCCUAAGGUUAAGCGCUGCAGAUGAUUCGAGCCUGAAAGUCAACUCUGGAGGCGAAGAAAAACACAGCGAGUUUGUCUCCAGGAAAGAUGAUUUCCCAGAUCUCCACUGUGAUCCUGACGAACUGGUUAGCGAUUUGGAGAAACUCUUUCUGAAACUGCAUAAAUUGUUGGAGAAAAGCCAGCUAAAAAGUAGUCAUCUCGAUGAAAUUCACGACCAAAUGAUGUCCUUAGUUGACGAGAAGGUAAAUCUGCAGUUGCUUUAAAUAGUCAGAAAGUCAUUGCUACCUAGUUAUUGAUUUAUGGAGUAUGAUGAUAUCACUGAGUACCAGAUAGAUCAUCCACGGAUCCUGUUCGACGAAUAUCUGGCCUUGGCGGAAUCCGUUGUCGGGAAUAUUCCGUCCUAGUUAGCCAGUUAUCUUUGUAUGCAGCUAAUUCAAUAAUGAUUGUUUUGGGCAUCAAGCAAUUGCGCAUUCGGAAGCUAUUGUUCGGUGGUCACUCAAGCAAAUCAUUGUAGUGAGUUCCUUAUGCCCAAAUGCCCAAUUGCCAGUGACCCAUUGCCACAGCAAUCUUUGUUGAAUUGGUUAUUCAUGCAACUUUGAUCACACAAGUGUUUGAAAACCAGUGAGUGCUAAGUGAUGUUUUCAAAAUCAUCCUCAGUCGUUUCACUUGUCCCCUUUUUGUUUUGUUAGGAAAAGCACCAGAUAGCAUGCCAUCUGGAGUCAGUUCUGUGGCGGUCUAGCGUAAGCAUAUCAUUUAAGAAAACCGAUCAUUACAAGAGUUUGCUGAUAUGCCUUUUAAACGGACUGCAAGAAAUCAAUGUCGAUGUUGUCCUUGGGGAGACCGUACUCAUAACACUUGUUGGGCGUGUAAGACGAUACUUGGAGUCCCUGUGGAAGAGAGAUGUUAGGUUUACUGUGGACCAAAUGUACGAGAUCUCAGAUGCGAUUAUUCUUGGAAAUGAUUACAACACUGGAUGUCGUAUCACUCAAGUGAUUCGUGAAGGUAUAUUGCUUUAAAAAGAGUGAGUGACUAUUAAGGACGUGUCGGAAGUAUCCCAUAUGCAUACUUUCCUUUCUUUACUCGUCCUUCCUCACUUAAGCUCUCAAAGCAUUUCGGCUCAACUCAUUAUGGGCAAAGAUAGACCCAAAAUUAAUCUAGCGUUUGUUAUCUUCGUUGUUUACUUACCCCUACCAUGCCUCCACGAAUAAAAUACUACCUAAAUAGUAGAAAACUGGAUAAACAAGACUAUAUAACUGGUCAACGUCUCUUUCAGGUGAUUUUCCGCUGGAUGGUUUCAUAUCUCAUCCAAAUGCUUUGCCGUACUUCCUUCACUGGAUCUCUCUUACAACUCUUGAGUCUCUAGCAGAGAUUAAAGAGGCUAUCCUAGCGUCUCACAAAAUGCACCCACGAGACUUUGUCAAGGCCGAAGCUUUGCCAUCCAGUGCGGAGGGACUGUCUUUCACAAUGUUGAUUGCAGCUGGAUGUCCCUUCUUCCGCCCAGCAGAUGGGGUAGCUCUGAGUCGAUCAGGUGUCUCCAAUCGUGAAUUCGUAGGCGAAAUAACGGAAAUCAAUGGAAUGUUCUUGUCUAUUACUGUAGUAUGGCCAGUGAAUGUAGACGAAGGGUCAGUGAAGGACAUUGGCAAUGGUACUUGGUGCCUACAUAAGUUUCCGAGUCUGGUAGGAUACAAGCGUACUACCUCUGCUCUCAAAGCAUUUCAGGAUAUGACCUCAUGCGGACAAAGUAUCUAUGAAGAAAUUGUUGGCACCUUUUGUACAAGCUCCCCUGCAAGUCCAACAGCACAUGACGAGACUGAAAAUGUUGAGGAAGGAGUGCAAGAAGGUAACUGUUAUAAGAACUUUCUUCUGUUUAUCUUGGUUUACAUACUAUAUAUACCAUACCUUCUUUGAUGCCAACACUCCAAACACCGAGCACGGCCGUCGGUUGAGUUUUAUCUAGCUCAGAGGGGCUCUGUCACGAGAAUAGUGCUGUUUUAAGCCAAUUCUGUGCUGAAGUCAUUGCUGUCCUUAGUGCUUUUACCCACAUAUGCUCCUGGAGAGCUAUGUAGUUGAUAUGAAGCAAUUCUCAUCAGGGAGCACUUAAUAAACCAUGAUAAUUCAUUGUGGUGAUUUUUACCGGAAUUGGCAUUGAGACUUAAAAAAGUUGGCCCAACUUUUUCAAGUUUCAAUCCAUGUCCAUCCUCCCCAUGCAUCCGUUCCAACAGACAACAGGAAACAGUUUCAAUACCUAAAUGUAGUCUUAAAUAAUUAAUUGAUUAAUUAAUUAAUUAAUUAUGUUUGGAUUUCAACUGAUGUAUUUAUAAUAAUUGAUGCAAACGCACGUUUUAGCUUUUUAAAAUGACAGAGCCCCUUUAACAGCAUAAGAGCGAUGAAUAUGCACAACAUAAUUCGAGGCUAUGUAAUUUUACGUAACCUCUGUUCCCUGCCGAUAUAACAUAGGACGUUUUGUAGGUAAAACACGAGAACUAUGUAGUGAAUGUAGCAGAUUUUUGCAAUGUACCCAAUGUAUAUUUUGGAUAUUUUUCGGCAACCUAAAACGAGUUGUUUUAAGAGGAAUACAGCAAAGCUCAGCAUGUGGAGGCGGAGCCGAUUUUGUGUAACUUAUCUCCUAAUCACUAGGUUUAUUUAAGAGCGAGUCAUCAUUCAGCCGCUUUCCAUUCUUCCUUUUAGCUUCAAAUGGGUUGCCUGGCUUACGAGCAGAUAAGGUUGUAUCAGUGUUGUCCAGUACUUUUGAGAGGUGGGCCUCAGGCAAUGAAAGCCAAAAUAUUGCAGUCCAAGAAGCAACUAGUGAUGAGUCGGCAAUAACUCUUAUCCAGGGUCCCCCUGGUUCUGGCAAGACCGUCACAUCUGCAGAGAUCGUGCGCCGCUGGCUCUUAAGCAGCGACGAUCAGGUCCUUCUCGUAGCUGAGACAAAUGAGGGCGUCGACAAUCUUUUGAAGAAGCUUUUAGACCAUGGCAUACGGAAAGAAAACAUUCUUCGUUUUGGAAGCUCAGGAUGGAAAGUGGCCAAAGAACUUGAGGAGCUGACCUUUGAAUCCAGGUACCGGGAACAAGUUUCUGACAAGAAGGAUCGAAAAAGAAUCGACAAAAAGAUUGCAAAAAAGAUUAUAGAGAGUUCCAAGGUUCUUUGCACUACCUGUAUCAGCGCAGGGUCGGCGCUGCUUGACGGGAUUGUGUUUCGAAGAGUCUUGAUCGAUGAGGCGUCUCAGGCUACUGAGCCUGCCAUCUUGGUGUCUCUCUCGCAUGGCUGUCAAAAAGCUGUCUUAGUUGGUAGGUUCCACUCCAUUUGAUGAAAUUGUCUGUUGCUAAUCUUCGGCUUCUUUUUCGGCAAUCAUUUAAUGACUGUUCCAAACCUGAACUGUUCAACUUUUUUUCAUCCAAAUUGUCAGAUAUCAGUACACUUGAAGCUACUUGAAGCAACGUCGUGCAAGCGAAAAUAAUCAACCUAGAACUACUGACUAAAGUAUUUAACGCUCACUUGAAGUAGGAGACCACCUUACCAGUUAUCUUCCUUACUGGAAGCUUUUUAUAGCGCCAAACGUGCAAUCCGGUAGCUCGAGAUCAACUCACGCCCUCUGGAUUUGGUUUUCGGUUUUUCCAAGUCCAACUUGUAAGUUGGCCAACUGUUUCUCCUCUUGCCAGUAAGGAUUCCUAACGUUGUUAUGCUUAUUGAAUCAAUUGUUUCACGUAUUUGCUUGGGCCCAUUAGCCUUUACGCUAUAAUGUAAUAUUUACUGUAACAUGUAUACUAGCUCUUGUUUCCCUCCUUUUUUAGUCCCUAUUUUUAUUGAACUUAUGUAGUAUUUUUGAAUAAGUGUGAAUAAACUGAACUUGAACUUGAAUAAACUAGAAAUGCAUUCCAAAGAAAACUGACGCACUCUACUGCAUUUUCUUUCUAGGAGAUGAUCAGCAAUUACCUCCCAUGGUGCUAAGCGAGCUUGCCAAGGGUCCUGGUCUACUUUCAGAGCCCAUGUUCUCUCGGUUACGAAAAGCAGGAUUUCCAGUGCGCAUGCUUGAGAUACAGUACAGAAUGCAUCCAUCCAUAGCCUCUUUUCCUUCAACACAAUUUUAUGACGGAAGGCUUCGCAGUGGUGUGUCUGAAGAACAAAGAAAAGCUCCUGCAGGAUUCGCUUGGCCAAAUGUGAAGAAGCCUGUUGCUUUUCUUACCACGCCGAAUUCUGCACAGGAGAUGAGCAAGGCGUCGUCAAAAUUGAAUGAUUUUGAAGCCGGGAAGGUCCGUCAAGUGAUUCAGGAUCUUCUAGCUGCAGGCGACGUGACUGAUAAUGAGAUCGGAAUUAUCACACCAUACAAAGCACAGCUGAAGCUUAUCACAGAUAAAAUGAAAGGGCUUGCAAACUUUUCGGUUAGAACCGUAGACGGAUUCCAGGGACAAGAACGUGACCUUAUCGUCUUCUCCGCGGUUCGGUGCAACGAGCACGGAUAUGUCGGUUUCCUUGACGACGCCAAGCGAAUGAAUGUUCUUCUGACGCGCGCGCGCAAAGGAUUGAUCGUCAUUGGAAACAAACAGACUUUACAAAAUUGUGAGCUGUGGAAUGAUUGGAUUCAGUGGGUAGAGAAGAAUAAGCUUGCAAGUGAAUGUACUCCAGAUUGCGCCACAGGUAAAUAAGCACUAGCUUGGUGGUUUUCAACUGUUCGUGGUAUUAUGAGAGGUGACCAUGGGAAAGCACUUUUAAGUAGGAUUCAUUUGAGAGGUUACAUGUUAGUAUCUCUGACAUAAACUGAAUGCAUUUUGAACCACCUUGAAAAACAAAAUAUAACUUAUGAAAUAAAGCAGUCCUCAGUGGUUUUCAUUGAUUGAUCACACAAAUGGACUUUAUGUACAGACUUGUCAGUUGUAACAAAAUAAAACCACAUUGCAGGCGAGUAAAGGUUGUCCCGUGGGAGAAACACUUUCAGGAGAUUUCUGUCAUGGUUCAAAGGUUGAAAAAGAUCUUUUAAGUUGAUUUUUUCCCCUUUUUUUAAUUCCAGAAAAAGAAAUUCCGGUGAGCAGCUCAGCAGAAAGAAGAGGCAGAGGCUGCGGUUUCUCACAAAGAGGACUGGAAAGAGGUCAACGCGGACGGAGAGGUGGCCGGGGGGGGAAUAGCUCGCAACAGCGGGCGAACAUGAGCCACAAAAGAAAAUGA